UCUCGAGCGCUAAACGACACUCAAGCCUCAGGCCUCAGGGCCUGACUUCUUCAGUGCACGAUUUUCAGCUUUAAGCUUCAAGACUCGCAGCAUGUGGUUGAACAGUGUUCGGGACUUCAUCCUCAAUUAUUCCUGGCUAUCAACACCUAUCAUUGCGGCAAUUGGAUGGUGCCAGACCUGGGUUAUCGCUUCUAUUUUUCUGUCCAUGGGAAAAUCGAACGAGGUUGUUGAGGCCAUUGAAGAGUCACGACUGCAGAGUUCCUUCGUGAGAUACUAUAACGAAGCCAGAGAAGACCCAGGUCACUCGGAAACAUCCACUUGUAAUUAUGUUGCAGAGCAAAGGUAUACGGGUCUAGCAAAGCGUACGGUACUUGCUGCAUGGCUUGCAGACCGUUCCACCGCUACUCCCAAAAAGGCCGUCGGUGUGAUGUCGAUGGACCCUGGACUCAGCACGCAACUUUUUGACCUCUAUCACUCCGUCUGCAAUGCAGGCUACCUUGCAUACCUGUCAUUCCUCAUUCAAAUUACCGGCUCUCUCUACGGUAUCGUGACAGUCUCGAUCAUUUGGGCAGAUGAUGCACGUCUCAGAGAGGAAGCUUAUGGCGUUCAACUGCAGCAACAACUUGCCGCACUCACUAUCAACCGCGGGAUGUGGUCCAUUGCAGCUCUUGGAGCAUUCUCCCCGUGGGCACCUCUUCACGCUCUCUAUGUGACGACGGCUAUUGCUGUUGCACUGGAAUUCCUCUUCGCUGUCAGGGGAUUCCUCAUUGGUUGGCAUAUGAGCGUGCUUCCUGGUAUCCUCCGUUUCUUUGUUGUCUUUUCGUGGUUGCUUCCUAGCGCAGAGGCGCUGACACUAAUAUUUGGCCUUAUCGCAAUGAAGAUGGAGGUUUCAUUCAUCUCCGCCAAGGUGAUCAUCUUUGGGCUCCCGGCACUGUGGUUAAUGAUCGGGCCGUUGCUUAUCAUCGGAGCAUCGUUGGGAUCGCACUUUGGCAUGUUGAAUUGUCUUGUUGUCAAUUCUAGCUUGUGCGCCACAGCUUGAGCGAAGAGGCGUGCAGUCAGGCAGUUAUCGGAAGGAGCAUGUGUCUUGCCAUUUCUUGUCCUGCUUUACGUCCUGGUUUUAUCUUUGAAGUUCAUGAUAUUCAUGCGACACUACUUCCACUUUCAAUCAUCCACAUCACUCGAUUUGCAAGAGGUUACAGCCACAUCAUACCCCCUUUACAUAAAGCAAG